AUGCGAUUACUUUGGUUUUAUACACUUGCCUUGGUAUUGAUCUUUGCAUUUGCUUUUCAGCAUGUCAACGGUGAUCAUCACAAAAAAGGUGGUGGAAAAAAAGACAUGAGUCCUCACAUUGGUGGUCAAGCUGAUCAUCCAGCUGGUGGCCAUGGUAGAAAUCCUUCACUAUCACCUCAUCGUGAUAGUUCAAGAAGCCGUAGUUCAUCAGGCCACCGUAGUGAUGGAUCAUCUCACAAGGGUCAUAAACAUGGAAAAGGAGGCAAACACAAGCAUGAUGGUAAACAUAAACAUAAGAAACAGGGUGGCAAAAAACAUCAUCGCAGCGGCUAA